UUACAUCCGACGGCACUUGCUGAGAAUACACAUGCACACAUGCAAUGAGGACACUCUAGAAAAGUCCGCGUUGCUCACCAUGAUAUUCUUCCGGUGUCAGACGGGAGCCAUCUUCUUUUUUUUCCAGAGUGCGUGUAUAUGAUGAAUAUCCGCACACCUGUGCAUGCACGUGUGGACUUGGAGUGCGUGUAUAUCAUGAAUGUCUGUAUGCGCACACCUGCGCAUGCACAUGUGGACUUGGAGUGCGUGUAUAUGAUGAAUGUCCGCACACCUGUGCAUGCACGUGUGGACUUGGAGUGCGUGUAUAUGAUGAAUGUCUGUGUGCGCACAGCUGUGGGUGGACUUGGAGUGCGUGUAUAGGAUGAAUCUCUGUGUGCACGCACGUGCAUGCUAUAUGAGAAACUCUGUGUGCGCACACGUGCGCAUGAACGGGUGGACUUGGAGUGUGUGUAUAUGAUGAAUGUCGCUGUGCGCACCCCUGCGCAUGCAAGUGCGCAUGCACGGGUGGACUUGGAGUGCGUGUAUAUGAUGAAUCUCUGUGUGCGCACCCUUGCGCAUCACGUGCGCAUGCACGUAUGGACUUGGAGUGCGUGUAUAUGAUGAAUGUCUUUGUGCGCACACUUGCGCAUGCGCGUGUGGACUUGGAGUGCGUGUAUAUCAUGAAUGUUUGUGUGCGCACACCUGCGUAUGCCUGCGCAUGCACGUAUGGACUUGGAGUGCGUGUAUAUGAUGAAUGUUUGUGUGCGCACACUUGCGCAUGCGCGUGUGGACUUGGAGUGCGUGUAUAUCAUGAAUGUUUGUGUGCGCACACCUGCGCAUGCGCGUCUGGACUUGGAGUGAAUCAGGUCCAGCACCUGAUAGGAGCCACGAAUACAGAUGUGUGUUUGUUGCCCAAUCAUAUCUUCACCCUACACUAUACGCACCUGUUUCCCGAAUGUGGAGUUGGCAACAAUGAAAGACGGGCAGUCCGACACACACAGACGGGUGCUCUCAUGCCGACUCAUGAACGGCUGCAAUGCAAACAAACACACCACCAUUUGCACAGAAUAGCUAUAUGUGGUCCACACCCUGUUUGGCCAACCCGCUGUGAGUGAGCAGCUUUGAGGCCAUCGGUGGCGAUCGAGUAGACGGCUGGCCGCGUGUCAGCUAUCUCAAACACCACUGUCAUCGACCUUUCGUCGCCGGAGUUGCUCCCGAGGGAGCCGUCAAAAAGAGUGGACGGGAGGAAGGCGUCAAGGGCAUUCAGAAGCACGCCAUGAGGUGGCAGACACACACCUGCAACCCACACACCAACCAGUAUAAGAAGACAGCCAUGCCAACCAGCCACAUGUGUUUGUCGUUGACACGUACCUCCGAGUCGCAGCUGCAUGGUGAGGCACAGCAGCCUGGUGGCCAGGUCCCUCUGCCCCCUCUCCAGCCACGCGGCCAACACACGCAUCGCCUCAAUGGGCAGAUCCCACCAGGCCGCAUCAACGUCCAGCCACUCCACCGAAUACCCGUGGCGCACAUAGGCGUCCAAGGCGCAAUCUGAGUGGCCCUCACUCCCAGUCGUCAGCACCCUCACACUGGCAGAGGGAUGGUGCCACAAGACCGACUCCAGCGUGCUGAAGAACAUCUGUGGAAGACGCCUGCCGCCCUCCAUCCAUGGAAUAAACACAUUCAGCCGUCCAUUCUCGUGAUGCAGAGCCCUCUGCGGCCGACUUGAAGAUGGAAAGUCAUGAUGAUUGUGGUCAUCUGGCAGCGUCGCCGUAUCGUUCGGCAGCUGCGGCAU